AUGAUGUUGCAUUCGGUGCUCCUAUCAAUUCUAUUGGGGUUUUCAUUUUCGUUCCUUCCUUGCCCUCUCAAGGCCAAAAAUGUCGGCAAGGCAAAUGAAUGUGUUGAAGAUGAUGAAGCAUUCCAGUAUCGAAACUUUAUUUCAAAAUUAGACUAUCCCUUAGACUGUGCUAGAUCUCCACUUUCGGUUGGAUCCUGCCUAAAUUUAAAAAAUCCAUAUAACCACGACAAAAUAUCUUCCCUUUUCGUUAAUAUGGUAGUGAUGAAUUCAAGGUUUAUUUCGUCCAAACUUCCUGCAGCGCCUCUCAUCUUGAUCCCCUGGGGAUUCCCCUUCUCGUCGUUUGUAAUCAAAAGCUAUGACAUACCUAUGAAGAAUGCAACCCUGUCUCUGACAUCAGUCUCUAAUCCAAACAUCAGAGAUAAUGAGUUUCAUCUUAUCAAUGAAGCGAUUACCYUUUCCGGAUCUGGAGUUUUACUUUAUUUGAUUCCAUUCACCUUUUCAGGCUCCACUAGCAUUAGCCUGCUAUCCAAAAUAUGCAUUCCAACAAAAAACAACAUCAGCAACAUAUAUAACAGCAGACUUGAGUUUAUCUACAUGCACAUCUUCCUUAAAAGUGCCGUUGUUGAAUUAGAAUCGGAAUUUCUAAAUGCUUUAUUUAAAUACCCUCUCCGCUUCGGCAUGGAGAUAUUCCGAUUGGUGGUAAAUAUUAUCCUCCUUAUUGGAUCCAAAUUUUUUGCAAUUUGGGCAAACUGUAGCUUCAUUUUGAAAGGCAAAAGGGCCUUUUUAAAAGAAGACGGAAAAGGAAUUCCUCAUUGUCCUUUAUUUAAACACUGA